UUCUUGGACUUUCUCACUUGCAGAAUAGCUUGGUUGCCAUCGUGCUAUUUUAACUUUCUCCAGCUGCUGCUAAAAGAAAAUAAUUUUGGAGAGCAUUUUGGCAGUCAUUUGACCAAACACACUUAGUUUUUGUAAUGGCCUCAGGAAUGAUAAGAAACAUGGAAGAAACAAGAGAGUUAAAGUACAUGUCAGGAUUUGGUAAUGAAUUCAGCUCUGAAGAUCCACGCUGCCCUGGAGCUUUACCAGAAGGACAGAAUAAUCCUCAGGUCUGCCCGUAUGGUCUGUAUGCUGAACAGCUCUCAGGUUCAGCUUUUACCUGUCCACGAUCCUCCAAUAGGAGAAGCUGGCUAUAUAGAAUUCUGCCUUCUGCUUGCCAUAAGCCCUUCCAGCCUAUUGAUCAGGGUCAUCUGACACACAACUGGAAUGAAACUGAACCCGAACCCAACCAGUUGAGAUGGAAGCCAUUUGAGAUCCCUACAAUCCUUCAAAAAAAGUUGGACUUUGUAACUGGACUAUAUACUUUGUGUGGUGCUGGUGAGCCAAAGUCAGGGAAUGGGCUGGCAAUUCACAUCUUCAUCUGUAACAACUCCAUGAUUAACAGAUGUUUUUGUAAUUCCGAUGGAGACUUUCUGAUUGUACCACAGCAAGGCAAACUGCUCAUCACUACAGAGUUUGGCAAGCUGCUAGUGGAACCAAAUGAGAUCUGUGUCAUUCAGAAAGGAAUGCGUUUUAAUGUGGAAGUAUUUGGAGAAACUCGAGGCUAUAUCCUAGAAAUAUAUGGUGUACAUUUUGAGUUGCCUGAUUUAGGACCUAUUGGAGCCAAUGGAUUAGCUAAUCCACGAGACUUCCUUGUGCCGGUCGCCUGGUACGAAGAAGGCCAAACAGCUGAGGGUUACUCAGUGAUCACCAAGUACCAAGGGAAACUCUUUGAGGCAAAACAGAACUGCUCUCCCUUCAACGUUGUGGCUUGGCAUGGGAAUUAUACACCGUACAAGUACAAUCUCAGCAAUUUCAUGGCCAUAAAUUCUGUGGCUUUUGAUCAUGCAGAUCCUUCCAUCUUUACUGUCUUAACUGCAAAAUCAAACCGUCCUGGAGUGGCAAUUGCAGAUUUUGUUAUAUUUCCACCCCGCUGGGCUGUGGCCAACAACACUUUCCGUCCACCUUAUUAUCACAGGAACUGUAUGAGUGAAUUUAUGGGCUUGAUCAAAGGGAGGUAUGAAGCAAAGGAACAAGGAUUUUUACCAGGAGGAGUCACCCUGCAUAGCAUGAUGAUACCGCAUGGACCAGAUGCUGAAUGUUUUAAGAAGGCCAGCACAAGCAAGCAGGAGCCUGAGAAAAUUGCAGAGGGAACUAUGGCCUUCAUGUUUGAAUCUUCCCUUAGCUUGGCUGUGACCAAGUGGGGGCUGAAAACCACCUUGGAUAAGAAUUACUACAAAUGUUGGGAAGCGCUGAAAAUCAAUUUUAAUGCCAAAUGUAAAUGAAGAUACCAUAAGUAUCCACAUCCAAUUUCUUCAUUCCCAAGUAGUUCAAGAAAAUCAUGGAACAAUAUCUUAACCAUUUUGUAUAAACAUCUGAAAGAAUGAAUGUCUAGCAUCUGAAAAAUUAAAAUCACUAAUGUGAACUGUUGAUGUAAAACUGUCCAUUAUGAAAUUGGAAAUAUCUGUAACAUCUUUUAUGAGGUGAUUUCUCAGGCACAUAAUAUAUCAUUGAGCUCUAGAGUGAGAAAUUGCCAUUUAGGGAGGGAUGCAUAAUCUCUCAUUUUGAGACAAAUCUAUGUUUAUGUUCAGUUGAAUUCUCUACACAACACAGCAGAUAUUUCUGCUGCCCAUCUCUUUUGCAAAAUAAAAUAGCUGUAAUUUAUGUUUCAUCAGGACAGAAUGCAAUUAACUCACCAGGCUCAUUUUCAGGGCUACUAGUCCACUUCGUUUUUAUGAAAAAGCACAGAGGCUAGAAAGAAAAACUGGUGGUGGUGGGGGAGUAAAAGAGAGAAACAGCAUCUUUUUGGUUCUUCUUGGAACAUGUAUGGUUUGCUGAAACAGUAAAUCAAAAAUCAAAAUUCAGAGAAAAAGGUGCUAUGGCCCAAAAUUGCAGAAAAGGUGGAUUGGAAAGGAUCAGGAGAGAGAAAGGAGAAAGACAGAGUCUGAAUGGCAGACCGAAAUGUAAUGGGGGAAUGUGGAGAGAGAAGCGGUAUCAGGAACAUAUG